AUGGUCCGUUCCACACAUAUUGCACGCGCUUCAGACGCGCUCCCGCUUGCAGCCAGCGUUGAUGACGAAGAGACAGAGCAAGCACUUCAGGAGUACAAGCAACAGGCCAAGCUCGUAUGCCGAAGGAUAACACCUCAGUCCGAGCCCAAAUGCAGCAUCGAAAGUGGCCCAUACACGCUUCAUUACCUUAUAGCGGGAAACGUAACCUACCUUGUCAUUUGUGAUGCGUCGUAUCCCCGCAAACUCGCCUUCUCGUACCUAGACGAGCUUACCAAGGAAUUCGAAAGAGUUUAUGGAGACAAGAUUGAAGGCGUACGAAAGCCAUAUGCUUUCGUUGGCUUUGAUACCUUCAUGUCAAAAACUGCCCGGCUAUACCGGGAUACCCGUUCGGCUACAGCUUCUUCGGAAAGCAACCUUGACAAGCUCAAUGGAGAGCUACAGGAUGUAACAAGGAUCAUGACCAAAAAUAUGGAGGAGUUACUCUGGCGCGGAGAUAGCUUAGACAGAAUGUCGCAUCUCUCGACCUCCUUGAGAUCCGAAUCAGCAAAAUAUAGGAAAGCGGCACGAAAUAUCAAUACCCAAGCGCUCAUUCGCAAGUGGGCGCCUGUUGGUGCCGUAGGCCUCUUUAUUCUAGUCUUCAUCUAUGCGAAAUUCUUCUGA